AGGAGACACAGGGAGAGAGAGAGAGAGGCGUGGGGGAAUCAAUCCAGGUCAUUUGAGCAGCACAGAGGUGCACGUCUGAUGGACAGCCUACCAGAGCAGACUCUCACUUCUCUCCUCACUGCUGCGGAGGUCUUUCGAGUUCUGCUGAGAUUGAAGGGGAUAAAGGAAAAAGUUGUUUGAGUAACAAACCGGAACUGUGUCUUCCGCUGAUAACGACAGCCGCUCGCGACGCUCUCUCCCGUGUGCGCGCUCCUCCAGAUGUUUCGCGUCUCGCGAGGGAAUUCAUUGGUCUUUUAAAAAAGGAGAACACGCUCGUGUGACAUGUCUGCCUUUGCUCCUGCGCGGUUACCCGCUCGCACAUAACCGACUGUCAUGGAACUCAUUUAAUUGGUCCCUGACACCAGCAGUGGAUAAAGGAAGAAAGGGAGGAAAAAGGAAAUAAGUGGGUUCAGUAAAUGUUCGUUACUGGCGCCCGUUAAGAGAGGCGGUUGAGAAUGGAGUUGGCCGCUUUCCUGCCGCUGCUCUUUGUCAGGAUGAGUUUGUUUGCGCUCUGGAAUGCGAGCCCCUCGCGACAGACCCAGCGCGAGGAGUACAACAGCGAGAACGUGAUUGACCUGCUGGAGGCCUUGAAUGUGACCCGUGGCGGAGUGAGGGGUGUGACUAAGGUCAAAGGGCAAGAGGCGGGGCUUGUGGCAUGGCGUUUCCGCUCGCGCACCCCCCACCUGAUGUUGCCACGGGAGCACACCCUCUACCUGCUAACCUCUGCCCAUGGCUCGCUGGGCCUACACCUGAUUGGUCAACAGGCUCGUCAAUCCACGGCAACGCUGUUGUCACUGAUGUCCCGUGGCCAAAUGCUGCUACGGCUCGUCUCCUGCACACGCUCAAACACUCUUCGUCUUGAGUACCCCCCACAUACCCGUUCCCACUCGGAUUCGCACACACACUCAGACACAAACACACACAGCCUACUGUUGCCAGGUGGGUCUCCUUUUACAGGAGGGGGCUGGGUGCAGCUCGCUUUGGGGUUGGAGGCCCAAAGGGUGGCCUUAUUCACCGACUGCAGAGAGGAAGUGGUAGUGGAGUUGUUACAGCCUGAUGAGGUCAUCAACCUGCGACUGCCACUGGACCUGCAAGUGACCUUUGCCAGUGAGGCAAAAGAGCCCAACAGCAAGUUCAGCGGCUCCUGGCAGACAGCAGAGAUCUCUACCCGUGCGUAUCGGAGGCGUCCGUGGUCCUGUCCAAAUCUCACAGAACCUCUCCCCCCUCCUACCCCGAGGAGUGAGACGGUUCUGAUGGAGGGUUCCACUCCUCCCAUCAUGCUCUUGGAUGAGAGUGUGGGCGUGGCUAAUGAUCAGCCCCAGCGAGUAGUCCUGGGGGCACCAGGAAGAAAAGCUCCCCAGUCCUCGGCGCUCACACCUGCGAAUUCAGAGACUGACACACACACCAGCCACGGAGAGCGCAUUAACAGACUAGAGGAGCGCCUAGAUGGGGUUAACACCAUGCUGCAGAUGCUUAAGAACCAGGUAAUCUGGAGUUGA